UGCUGCCCUGAAGGUUCCCACGAGCAGCAUGUGAUGCGACCCGGCACUCUAUACUUCUGGACUGCUUUUACAUCCGCUGACCAAAACGCAAAGUCCGAGAGAGCACAUGAAGCCAAGUGGAAAUUAACCACUUUCAGUUCAUAAGUGGGAUACAGGGAAGGUAAUUUUGCUAUCAUCCCGGUUAAGGACUACACCCAAGGGAAAAGAAAAGCGGAACAUGGACAACCAACAAAGAUUUCUCAAACGAGUGGUCAUUCCCCAGUCCGAUUCCGAGUCGUCGCGAUCGCGCAGCAGUUCGUGCAGUCGAUCAAGGCGUCGCAGUCAAUCGCGACGCAAGCGGCCGCGUCACAGCAGAAAUUCUCAAGAGCGUAGCCGUCGCGGAUGGGCCCACAGCAGCACGCACACACACGGUGCGAGUCACACCUCGCUACCAUCAACUAGUCGCCUCGACGAUGACGGAGGUACUUCAGUUAAUGCACUCGUUUCUACACUUCUGGAAUUCAUGCAGAAUAUGAAGAAAGACAGUAAUCAUGAACGUUUUCCUGGAAUGAAUGUGAUACCAGAGUUUGAUCCGUGCAAACGUAAUCAAACAAUUCACACGUGGCUUUCAAAAGUUAACGAAUCUGCUUCCAUUUACGGUUGGACGGACAAACAAACAGCGUAUUAUGCGUUACCUAAAUUAGUAGGAUUAGCUAAAAGAUGGUAUCAGGGAUUGCCAAGUGUGAAGUUUUCAUGGUCUGAGUGGGAAUACAAAUUAGCGUCAGCGUUUCCGAGUGAACAAAAUUUCGGCCAGUUGUUAACGGAAAUGCUUGUUUGCAAGGCUCAAGUUAACGAUUCAUUGGAAGAAUAUUUUUACGAAAAAAUGGUUUUGUUAAAUAGGUGUAAAAUAAGUGGAAAAGAUGCUAUUGACUGUAUUCUGUUUGGAAUAGAAGACGGGUCCAUUCGAGCUAGCGCCGAAGCAGCUCAGUUUAGAGAACCCGAUAAGUUGUUAGCAUAUUUACGAAAUGUAAAAUCAAAAACACCAGCUCAGGCACUCUCCGGUACGAAUCUUGUAGGUACUUCUGACUCUUUGAUAAAUAUUUUAGGUGAAGACUUUGGUAGCAUAGGUGAAGUGGUUAACAAUGAUGAGAGCAACAAUCAUUUAGAGAACAGACAAACCGACGGUUCAAAAACAACUAGGAAUGAGAUAUCUGAGUAUAUUUCUAAAAGUCAAUCUAAACAAAAGGGACGUUUUGACGACAAAGAACUAAAGUUCGUUUUAAUGUAGGUGAUUUAGUAAGAGUCGAAAGGGAUAUACCUUCAACUGGUGGGAGUAGAAAGAUAAUUUCUAAGAUUCGCGGUCCGUACCGAAUAGUAGAGAGACUUCCUCGUGAUAGGUAUAUAGUACAAGAUACUCCGCUAUCCCGGAAGGGUAAUAGAAUCUUUAAAGGAACCAUCCCAGUGGAUAAAAUUCACCAUUGGAUAGUUUUCAAUAGAAAGAGUUAAGAUUCUAGUAAUGAUUCGUUCAAUUCGGAUUGAGUCUUUUGUAAGUAAAUAAAAGAAUGGGUUAUUUAUAAAUGUCCUUUCUCCGUUUAUAUAUUAAGCUAAGGUGAAUAAUUGUUACAUUAUCUUUAAUUAUACUAUCAAAUAUUGAUUAUAUCUAAGUUUUAGGUGAUUUAAUGAUUGUAUCUAGUUAAAAUGGAAAUCUCAAUUGUUUUAAUUGUUAUUGCUUAUAAGUUAACAAUUAUAAAUUAUUGUUUUAGUUGUUGAAUUAAUUAAAAUUCCUGGGGUUAGUUCCUGUUAGACUUUAUAGAUUAUAGAUUUGUUCAUUUA